GACAGCACAUGGAAGAUGGGCUAUGGCAGAGAGUUGUGCGAGUGAGAAUGAGGGGUUGCAUCGCCGUGUUUAUUCAUGGGGUGCAAACAGUCAUGGUCAGCUUGCCCAAGGACAUCAGGAGGAUGUUCUUGAACCAAGGGAAAUAACUUGCGUGCCUGAUGACAUCCAGAGUAUCUGUGGAGGAGGAGGACACACGCUGGCAAUAACAAAAAAGGGCAGGUUGCUUUCGUGUGGAUCUGAUGAGAAAGGUCAGGCAGGUCAAGGUCAUGAUAAGACGUCCUUGACGUCAGUGGAAGCCCUGAAAGAUCAACAGAUUAUACAGGCAGCUGGUGGUUGGGAUUUUACCCUUUCUCUGUCAGUGACAGGAGAAGUGUUUUCCUGGGGUUCCAAUGCAUUUGGGCAGCUUGGAUCUCGGACUACAAAGUCUUCUUCUAUUCCUAUGGCGGUGAACAUUCCUGGCAAGGUUGUGGAUAUUGCUGCAGGCCUGAGACAUGCGGUUGCUACUACAGAAUCGGGGCAAGUCUAUACCUGGGGUCAAGGUCGGAAAGGUCAGCUUGGAGUUGAUCUGCCGCCAAAGGUGCAAAAAGUCGAACUACCAACUGAAGUCAUGAUGCCAGGCAGGUUGUCCGCAAGACUUGCAGUUGCGGGGUCCAACCACACAGCUGUCUUGACCAGUAGCGGUGAGGUGUGCAUAUGGGGCUGCAACAAACAUGGCCAGGUCACCAUCAGCCCAGAGACCACCUCCCAGCAUGCAUUGCCGUAUCUUGUUCCCUCUGAAAUGUUUGGUGGGAGAAGAGUGGUCUCCCUUCACUCUGGUUGGACCCAUCUUGUGUCUUGCACUGAGGAUGGAUCAGUUUAUACGUGGGGUCGUGCUGACUACGGUCAGCUUGGGAGAUCAUGUGACCUGUCACAUGACUGGACACCUCAACCAGUCAUCAGUUUGCAGAACAGUAAAUCUGUGACUUGUGGAUCUGAACACAACCUGGCCAUUGAUGCUGACGGCCAUCUUGUGACAUGGGGCUGGAAUGAACAUGGGAUGUGUGCUACAGGAGAUGAAGUUGAUGUCAAGGUUCCUCACAAGGUGGCAGCACUGAAUGACAGGGAAGUCAGCCAUAUUGGAUCUGGAGCUGGACAUAGUUUUGUGAUUCUCACCUGAACACUUGGUUGUUGGAAUGCCUUGAUACUUGUUAUAGGAGUUCCUUGAUACUUGAAACAGGAACACUGCGAUACUCGAUACAGGAACACUGUGAUGCUUGUAACAGGAACACUGCAAUACUCGAUACAGGAACACUGUGAUGCUCGAUACAGGAACACUGUGAUGCUUGUAACAGGAACACUGCGAUACUCGAUACAGAAACACUGUGAUGCUCGACACAGGAACACUGUGAUGCUUGUAACAGGAACACUGCGAUACUAGAUACAGGAACACUCCGAUACUGGAUACAGGAACACUGUGAUGCUUGUAACAGGAACUCCUUGAUACUUGUUAAAGGAGCUCCUCGAUUACAGGAGCACCACAACAUGUGUUACAGGAGCACAUCGAUACUUGUUACAGGAGCACAUCGAUACUUGUUACAGGAGCACCUUGACACAUUUCAACUUCAGGAUAAUUGAACAAAGGUACUGUGAUACUCAGUUGACUGUUAACUGAUUUUAACUGGAGUCAUUCCAGUGAGCAUGAUUAUUGUUGUGUUAUUGUUGUUCAGUAUUAGAAACACCAAACUAUCAAACCGUUUGUGACACAAAGGUGAUAACUCUAGGUUUCAGACCAACAGAAAUCAUUGGAUGCAAUACAAACUGGUAUAUUACCGUGAAUUUGGAAAAUGUUUGAUUCUGAUUUGUCCGAGGUUCACCUUGAAAUGAAACAGAUGGUUUUAUGUCUGCAUGACAGUAGAACAUAAGUUUAAUGAAAUUUGAUUUUUCUCAGUAAUUGUUAGCUGGCGUUUUGAAAUGUAUGACCAAUUCUGGGCAUCUUCCAAUGGCAAAGGAGUUAGCUGACUGUGAAAGUCAUAUUUCCUCACAUGCCGAAACUUGGCUGGAAUUUUGGCUGAGCAAACAAAUCGAUGCAUGGGACGAGUCAAAAUCACCAUCAGUUUUGCAAACUGCCACACAGAUUUCGGAUAAUUACUGAUUUUGCAGAAUAUCUCAACUGUCAGCUGAAUGUUGACAGACGUUACCAAAAUCUUUUCAUAUUUUUAAUCAAAAUGUUCAAAUGAUCUAAUGCACUUUGAAAGGUUUUAAAUACCGGAAGUGUGUUUUAAUGAGCGUUUAGUAUUCAUUACCAAAGUGGAUGCCACAAACAUCUCGACAGCUAGCUUUGCCGUUUGUACCUGCCCAGAAAAAGAUUCAAACACUUUGUUAAUAUGCAUAUAAUGAUGCUACCAUUUUGUGUAUUGUUUCUUUACACUGAAAUCUCCAGAAGUUGCAGGUUAAUCAAUCAGGUAAUAUGUUUUGACAUGUCCAAUGUGCAGCCCAGUGUUGCUGCCAUGUUAGGAUUUUGCCACAUUUUGAAAACAUGUUUGUUCAUACCCUUGUUGCCAAAUGGCAGUUACAAAGUAACAGGUCUUGCACAUACAGUGGGAGCAAGAAGUGCAACCUGCACACCCUCUGUUGAAAUGGACUAGUCUGCUUGUGGAAACUCAAGAGUUCACAUGGAAAGUCAAAGCAUUUCUGAAACAUGAGCGUUUGAAUAGUUAUAUAUCAGAAUUUUGUAGCAUAAUACUGGUGGGAAAAUAUCCUUUCAUUAAUAUGAUGAAGAACAUCUUCUUUAGCAAAGUUAGUACAUAUACAAAUGUGGUUUGUUUGUCCAAACAAAUUUUUGUGCAGACAUUUUUAAUAUAUCAUGAUAGAUUUAGGGUUUUGUGCAACCCGUAAAUGUGCAUAUAAUGUAUGAACAAAGUGGACAUCAAAAACCCAUUUCCAUUCCGAGUAGCGGAGAAAGUUGAAAGUCAGAACACUCUGAAUAAAACUUCUAUAAAGGAGUAUCAUAAUGGUUUGAUCUAGCUUAAAGUGUUUUAAUUUCCAUUAAAAAGUCCAUUUCUCUAAUAAGUCCAACCAAUGCAGCAUCAUCAGCAAAUUUAACAAUAUAGGUCGUGUCAGUUUUACAUCUACAGUCAUUUGUAUAGAGUAUGAACAAUAUGGGUGAAAUAACGGAUUUACACAAACUGUGGUCUGUUGACCAGAAAAGAAUUGACACAUCUAAUCAAAUUUGAAUUGACAUUCAUGUCUGAGAAUUUCUUCAAUAGUACAUGAGGUUGAAUGGUGUUAAAUGCCGAGCUGAAGUAAAUAAAUAAUAUCCUUACAUAUGAACCAUAAUUUUCUAAUGCUAAUAAAUGCUGUUCAAAAG